UCUGGAAACGUACAUAUCACUGAACUACAUGUGAAUUAACAUAUUGGGAGAUAUGACAUUUCGCUUUAAACAUGGUUCUACAUGUGGAUGAACUGACACAAAAAAUAUCAAAUCAAAAUUAUGCAAAUUUGAAUUUAUCCUCUCUGGUUCGAAUGCCAAGUAUUGUGAAUACCUAUAACUGAAUUCAUUACUGCACAGUUAUAAUCUUUGUUUGCAGAAUAUUAUAAUGCAUAUGAAGAAGACUUCUUGUUUGUUCAUUCAGUUCACUUUUUAGAUGCAGGAGGCGUCUGCUUUCAUUCUACACAACCACUGUAAAAUCAAACUAAAAACGCUCUCCACAUGGUUUUUAUAUUAUCACACACAGUGAGAUGCAUUUGCAAACAUCACCUCCAUCGUCACAUCAUCGAUGCUUUAACUUGACUACACUAUAAACCAGUUGUGCGCCAGUUAAAUGUCCUUUGAGUCAUUUUUCACAAGUCUACAUAAAAACCACGAGAAUCUGCAUUAAGUAACACGGCUCUCCUAUUCCGCAGUGUCCUGCCUCCAUGGCUAAUAAUAACACAAACGCGCACGGGCUGGAUGUUAAACCGGGCGGGUUGAGUGACAGCAGGUCCAGCAUUAUGUAAAUUAGCGGGGUAGUGCAGCCGCAGCGCGGGGAAGAUUAGGACUGUGCUCGGGAUCAGUGAGCCACCUCCUCUUGCGCGAGCAACUAGUGCCGCUGUUUUCCUCACGAAACACCACUCUGUGCUCGCCUCAGUUCCGUUUUUACUCGCUCCCUGAAUUAAUGUUUUAAUCAAAUGAAUCCUUAUGUUUUCAACCUUCACUGUAGACGGCAUAAAAUUGAUAAACGCUAUUACUGCAGCGGGCACGCGCAGCGCGCUCGCAAACCCCUCCCCCUUCACAUAGUUAAGCCAGCGCUACAUCAUAGCGUCACUCACUUUGGGAAAAUAGACCCCCUGACCCCUAAUAACCUGUAAUAAUACACUACUUAAAGGCAGUGUUGCACAGUUGUGCGGGACACAGAGCUUGUGUUGCCGUCACUAUCUUAUAAUAUGGAGGCAGUGCUGUGCUCUGUGCUGUGCUUGGUUUUGGGUUUACAGAGACCAAGCUGUAAGUAGGUCGGGCUGGGCUUAAGCGGCUUAACUACGUCAGCCUAAGCUGGGAGGAAUUCAUCCAAAGCCCUCCGCGGUAGGCGGGGGCCUAAACGAGGCUGGCCUAGUUAAGCCUGAUUCUUAUUGUGUGCAGCACAGCCUGUUUUUGUUGUGCAACGUGGCUGAGAGGGAACCUAGGAGUAGAGUAUAAAUCCAUGCACAUUUUAGACAUGGCAUAUAUUUGAUUUGGAAGGAAAAUAGAAGGACAAUUAGAGAUAUAUGGGAAUAAGACCAGAGUUGGUUUUAUCACCGUGGACCAGGAUAACCCAGCAGCAGGGACAAAAAAGACAGGUGGGAAGAGUGAGGAGCCUCAGUAUUGAGAGUGGCUGCUGAACGGUGACCACCAUAGGCUGGACUUGGCCUACGUGGGUCCGCUAUGCUAUAAGAUGGCAUCCAGUUCUGUGUUUUUAUCCAGUAUGGUGGGCAAAGCUCGCUCCUCCAACUUCACCCUCUCUGAGAAGCUGGACCUGUUGAAGCUGGUCCGUCCUCACAUCCGCAUCCUGGAGGAGCACACCAACAAGCAUGCAGUCAUCGUGGACAAAAACAAGUGCUGGGACACUGUUGCUGAGCAGUACAACGCUUUGGGAGGGGACAGACCCCAUCGUACAGCUCAAGGCCUCAGGACCCUCUACAAGAGGCUGAAGGAGUCAGCCAAGCAGGAAGUGAUGCAACGGAGACACGCCCAGCCAGAGUACAGAGCGAGCAUCUCUGAGCCUACCAGGAGAAUCAUGGAGAUGAUCCCUCACCUGUUUCACCACGUACCCAUCCAUGAAAAGGACCAGGCACUGCGCAGAUUAAUAUACAGCAAGCACAGCUCUCCUGUGGAACAUCCUGGCAGCAGCUCCUCUCUGGCUGGACUCCAGGAUUACUCAGCAGCUGUCCCAAGUAUCCCCCAUGAGGUGGUCCAGCUGGACCCUGAAGAGGAUGUAAAACCACCGCCAGACCUCUCCAUCCUCUCCACGCACUCGGAGCCAGGGCUGGAUGGAGGCCAGGAGCUGGAGGCAGAGCAAGACUUGGGCAGCGUUCACGAUUACGAAGCAUCCCUGUCCCCCGUCACUUCCUCCGUUAACAUCCCCCUCUCCGCAUCGCCGAUACAGCUACGUUGUGACCUCUUUCCCAACGACGACUACCCUCACCACGAGCCCGACAGGUUUCGCUCUCUGCACCUCGCCAAAGAGGAGCACGAGUUGGUGGUAGCCAAUCACAGGAAGGUUGCCCUGUACCUGGAGGAGAAGCGGGAGGGGCUGAAGAGGAAACAGGACCUGGAGGAGGAACUUCUGAGAGUCAAGAUCAAAGUGGAGAAACUAAGGGCCGCUCGACUGAGACACGGACUGCCAGUUCCUCUAUAGUGACCAUGAACACACACAUCAGUGAUCGAAAAGGAGAGAAGCUGGGGAGCUUAAAGUGAGGAGAAGAAACGGAGGAGCUAUCACACUUAUUAUUUUGAUGGCCGUUUCAGAACUUCAAAAACUCAGUGCCUCGUACAAACACUGAAAGCCUGUUUGCAUAUCUGCCAUCAGUCUGUGUAUGCUUGUCAUUGUUUAAAUGUAUCUUUAUUUAAACUUUUUAACAGAAGCAGCAACACAACUUGUAAAUGCCAAUAUAACAAACACUGUGACAGUACAUAAUAGGCAAAAAAAAUGUGAUUUUAACUUUUUGGAAAAGAAUAUUAUCAGUAAAGAACGGCCCGUACCACGAUGGUGCUUUUCCUGCCUCGAUCUGUUCCCUAUACGGUAUGCAUCUGUAAGCAUAUUAUUAUUAUUGAACCACUACUAACUGGAGUUUCUUAAAAAGAAAAAACCCACUUGAUCUAACGAAUCAGAUGCAAUCAAAUAAAAAAACAUGAUCUUGUAGCACUUUAAGGUAACCAAGCUAGUGGCGCUUAUACAGUAUUCUGUAUGUUAAAAAUGAAACAUGAGCACAAACAAAGUUACACUUUUUAAAACUGAGAAAUGUUCAGAUUUCCAGGACUGAAGCACAGGUUAAACUGCCGAAGGCCUUAAACACGAGAUGCUACUGAUGACCAAUCCUGUUCUGUGAGUUGCUGGAUUUCCAUUGCAGUGAGAGAAAUGUUAGUCAUACUUCUCUCUGGUUACUGAAUUGAUGGCGAGUCAAGCGAUCAGAAGAAAGGAGAUGUGGAAUUGGAUUUGCGAUGUAAUUGUUAUUUAAUGUAUGUGACAUUGAUUGUAUUGUAAUGUUUGUUGGUAUGUGAAUGUUGUCGGUUUAUUUUUACACUUUGUGCUUAUGUUUACUUGUUUUUAUUAAAA